AUGCCCAGAUUAGUCAACAUUUAUAUGUUUCGAUGCAACAACAAGAUGUUAUUUGUAACAAGUAGUUUUGUUGGUUGGUUAAUGGGUCACAUUUUAUUCAUGAAAUGGGUUGGAUUGGUAUUAGUUGGAUACAGCAAAAUAAUUAGAUUAGGUCUAAUAUCUAAUAAGUAUAAGUUCCUUGUGUCAGAAUUGAGAAAUUCUAUGGCUCGAAUCUUUAGUUAUUAUCUUAUUUAUUACCUGUGUCUCUAUUUAGGCAGAAUACCAUCAUCCCUUUUUACUAAGAAACUAAAAGGAACCUCAGAAACGGAAGAAAGGGGUGGGACUAAGCAGGACCAAGAGGUAUCCGCCGAAGAAGCUCUUUUUCCUUUCUUUUUUCGGAAGAAGGGGAGGAUCUGGACAAAUCGAUGA